GGUGGACUGCUGAGGGUUCCCGGAAAGGUGUUGCCUAGCGGGGAUCAGAUUCCCGACAGAGCUCAGCGCGGGUCUUUCCGGUCACGUGCUGCACGGAGCCGCGGCUAGACUCGUUAUUGCUAGGCAACGGCUUGCACACUUUGUCCGGUGCUGCACCCUAGCUGUCUAGGAGGAUCUGGGCGCCGCAGGCGGACAUGGACCAGUACUGCAUCCUCGGUCGCAUCGGGGAGGGCGCCCAUGGCAUCGUCUUCAAAGCCAAGCACGUAGAGACUGGAGAGAUCGUUGCCCUCAAGAAGGUGGCCCUGCGGCGGCUGGAGGAUGGCAUUCCUAACCAGGCUCUAAGGGAAAUCAAGGCUCUGCAGGAGAUCGAGGACAGUCAGUAUGUGGUACAGCUGAAAGCCGUGUUCCCACAUGGUGCAGGAUUUGUGCUGGCCUUCGAGUUUAUGCUGUCAGACCUGGCAGAGGUGGUGCGCCAUGCCCAGAGGCCCCUGGCCCCAGCACAGGUCAAGAGCUACCUGCAGAUGCUGCUCAAAGGUGUUGCAUUUUGCCAUGCCAACAACAUUGUGCAUCGGGACCUGAAACCUGCCAACCUGCUCAUCAGUGCCUCAGGCGAGCUCAAGAUCGCGGACUUUGGCCUGGCCCGCGUCUUCUGUCCAGAUGGUGGUCGCCUCUACACACAUCAGGUGGCCACCAGGUGGUACCGAGCUCCUGAGCUCCUGUAUGGUGCCCGGCAGUACGACCAGGGCGUCGACCUAUGGGCUGUGGGCUGCAUUAUGGGAGAACUGUUGAAUGGGUCCCCCCUGUUCCCGGGAGAGAAUGACAUCGAGCAACUUUGCUGUGUGCUUCGCAUCCUGGGCACGCCCAGCCCUCGAGUCUGGCCGGAGAUCACAGAGCUGCCUGACUACAACAAGAUCUCCUUCAAGGAGCAGGCACCGGUGCCCCUCGAGGAGGUGCUGCCUGAUGCCUCUCCCCAGGCCUUGGACCUGCUGGCCCAGUUCCUCCUCUACCCUCCACACCAGCGUAUUGCAGCCUCCCAGGCCCUUCUGCAUCAGUACUUCUUCACAGCUCCUUUGCCUGCCCAUCCCUCUGAGCUGCCAGUUCCUCAGCGCCCAGGAGGACCUGCACCGAAGGCUCACCCAGGCCCCCCUCAUGUCCAUGACUUCCAUGUGGACCGUCCUCUUGAGGAGUCACUGCUGAACCCAGAGCUGAUUCGGCCCUUCAUCCCAGAGGGACUCUUAAGAGCUACAAGAAACUAAUGGGUGACAACUUGUGUCUGGACGCUGUUUGGAAACAAAGGUACAGGAUGAUAAAAAUGUAGUCCAUUUGUUGAUUUACACAUUGGUGCCUUCAGUGAUCUCUGCAGAGCCUUUUCUAACUCCGUAUCGCACAGUGAUACCCAGGCAUACAGGGAAACAUUGACCAGCAGAAAACCAGCUCUGGAUUUCCAGGUGGUGGACUCACCAGAUAGUACAGCUACCACACUUGGUACUGGUAGAAACAGUGGGUGGUACUGAAAGUCAUGUAAUAAUACAACAAAAUACAAAUUUACAGCCUGCAGUAGGAUGGUCUACCCCCCACCCCCACACACAAAAAAAGAUUUUG